AUGUCCUGCCUGUUAUCGAGAACCGUAGCAUGCAAUGACAGGCGACUGGAGGCGCUCGUUUCGUUGUAUGAUGCGGAAAAGGACAGCUUGACAGCACAGUUGACUCCGCAAGACCUGAGCAAACUUGUCGCCAUUCUCGGCACCUGUUCUCUUCCCUCGGAUACACCGGAAUCAACGUUUCACGCGAACCUGCACGUCGACAGACCCUUUGAGCGAGAGUAUUGGGAAUUGGUGGAUCGAGUUCUGGAGGACAAGGCUUGUGUACCGGGUUAUGUGCCAACACUGGAGGACGACUACUGGCAAAUGGAAGUUUAUUUCCAUUACCUCCAGCGGCGGAGAUUCGCUUCUACAAGUACGUUUGUUGGCAAAUCGCUCACUAAAUAUCCUGAUUUCUUCUCCGGUACAGGUGAAUCGCAAAAUCUGCUGAAGGAGGUUACCCUGCUGUACCAGCGGAUUCGGAUGGGUUCCCGAGACCCAGCUGUCCACUACCCAUAUUUUCGAACAGCCCUGGUCGCCUCACGGGCACAUCUCAACAAAGUUGCUACCGCCUUAACCGAGUUCAUGAAAGCGUCGCCCAGCAACACCACUCCUCAUAUUGUCGAUCUAUUCUGGAGAAUGAUCGACGCGCUUGGUCCAGGCGCUUCCCUGCGGUUACAGGAACAGUUCCUCGACGUUACUUCCAAGAUAGUCGGAGGAGGGUCAAGCGGCCAAUCCAAUCACAAAGGCCCCGUUCGCUCUUUAACCUCAACUUGCGAUCAAGUCCACCUUGCCCUCGCCUCCUCUCUAUUUCCCUUACUCAAUCCAAGUUCCUCGACCUCAUCCUCGUCCUGGGCGAGGCAAUUGACAAGUCAAGCCCUUGACGACGACGUUCCCCAUUCUCUUCGUUGGGAGAAUCUCGUCCUGCUUGCCACCACCAUAACCACUGGGAACCUCUCGCAGCCGGUGACCGUUUCCCAGCUCCGCGCGUGCCCCAAAUCCCGGGCGUGGCGAACUCUUUUGUUUCUUUCCUUUCUACGAAAGACCCUCGGCACCAUCGACCUUUCUUCAAAGGACCUCGUUUCAAAGGCACUCGAACUCCGACUAGUUCUUCGUCAAGUAUGGGAAGCUUGGAUAUCCUUUCCACCAGAGUUGGUUCCUCCUCCUGACGUCCAUCGCCAAGUUCUCUUGAACUUCUUCGAGGUUUCCGGGCGCAUCAGGGAUGAAGAGCAACUGCAUCUCACCUACAACUACGCAUUGGGAAAGGGCCUUUGCGACUGGUCGACGCCUUCAAAAGGCGGGUCAACCCAAGCGCUUGACAUGGCCGCCAGCUACGCCACCGCACUUAUUAGGUGCCGCGGUUACAGCUGGGAAGCUGUCAUCCCGUACCUCCAGUCGGUCUUUCCGGACAAAGCUACCAUGACCUCCCUCAUCGCACCCAUGGUAGAUGCGCUCAUCCUCGACGGACACCGACGAAUCAUCAGUCUAUACGAAUACCUCACUACCCAUGGAUUACAACCUUCAACUGAUGCAUACCUCAAGUUCGCCGUAUCUCUCGUCAAGGAGCAGAGGUGGUCAACGGCGAUUCCAUUUCUCUCCGACCCCCGCUUCACACAUGCGCACAAAGAAAUGUUGUUAAUUUCCUUUCUGCGGGUUCCCCAAACCGAGCGAUGGGAAGUUAUGAACUACAAGCUAGGCUCAUACCUCGGUAAUGCGUUACUCGCCCUUUACCGGACAUCUCCACCCUCGCCGUACGCCAAGUACCCCAUUCGAUAUUUUCUGAAACCGCUCAUAGCUGCUGGCCACGGUCCCAUCGCUGUCGACAUCAUGGCCCUCAUGUUUCGCCACGACCAAGAGUUCUUCACGCAGCGUUCCAUCCGACGUUAUCUCGUCCAAUUACUCCAGAGACGAAAUGCCAAAGCCGCGAUGAAACUGUUCUUCCUGGUCAAGGAUGCCUUUCCCGGGCCAGGCAUCGCAGACCUCAGUCGCAAAUUCGCAUUGGCGUUCAGCAACACCCGUUCACCGAGUCGAGCAGCACGCAUUUUGCAAGCAAAGCCCAUGCUUCGGUUCCAAACACCUCGAGAGGAAAUGCUGAGAACGUCUGUUACACGGACUGUCCCCAGGGAGGCACUCUCCAAGCUCUACGUCAUCUCGGUGUUGAAGAAUACGGAUCGGAAUAGUCCCUCGUUUGCACCCGCUGUUCGCUUUGCGGUUUCGUUUUUGGUCAAGCAUGGUCGGACUUUCGCGGCGAGGAAGCUUUAUGGGUGGGCGUCGUCAGGUUUGGAUCCCAAGACGCAUACAGCCAUUGGAAACAUCAUUCUCCAUGGUUGUUAUCGUCUGCGACAAGGUGAAGCUCGAACCAUCCGACACCUCGUGCACACCAGGGAUGUCUUGAGCAAGGCGUACCAGUUCACUCCGGACCGCGCGACUGUCAACAUCAUCGUCAAGAUCAUCCUCGGUCCACGGUCACAAAGGAGUUCAAGGCAGAUAAGAGCGCUCUUUGAUGAAUUUGUUCGACGUGGAUACCCAGCCGGCGAAGAAUGGCGACGUGAACAUGGCGUUCCAUUCGGGACACCCCCAGCAUCCAGUCCAUUCGCGUCCCUCAUCCCAGCCACCACUCAAACUAUAGCAUUCCGUAAACACCUCCAGCCGCUUUACAGGAUGUUCAUCAGCGCGUUCCGGAAACGGAAAGACUUCAACGCCAUGAAGACCGUCGGUGCCAUCUUGAGAGAGGAGCGACGAGUCUCGAUCGCAGAGAUUGAGAAACGAAAUCAGGCGCGUCGGGAAGGAAUCAUGCGAAAAAAGGCGAGGCUUGUGGCGAGAUCGCUUCCAACACCAUAG